AUGUCUACAGGCAGCAGUGCUCGUCGAACUGAAGUGACAAAUGCUAAAGUACGAAUCAAAGCUUUUCCUCCUUCAAUAGAUGAGAGAUAUGCCAAUCAGUUAUGGGAUCAGAUUAAAAGUGCGAUAAUCGAGAUUCAAAAGAAAAACAACAGUUGUUUAAGCUUUGAAGAACUCUACCGCAAUGCGUACACUUUGAUAUUACAAAAACACGGCGAACGUCUGUAUGCGGGAACAGAGGCUGUUGUACGUGAACAUAUGAUCAAGAUCCGCGAUAGUAUUGUUGAAAAUCUAAAUAAUAAGUUUUUAACUUACCUUAACUCAUGCUGGAAAGAUCACCAAACUGCUAUGGGAAUGAUUCGUGACAUUCUUAUGUACAUGGAUCGUGUCUAUGUUGGCCCCCAUAACCUUGAUGGAGUUUAUAAAAUGGGAAUGACUGUUUUCUGCGAUCUCGUCGUACGUUAUCCAAUUAUUAGAGAGCACUUGCAGAAAACUCUGUUAGAUAUGGUGCGCAGGGAACGCCGGGGUGAAGUAAUAUCGCGUUCUCAGAUUCGCGAUGCCUGUCAGAUGUUUGUGCAGUUAGGGGCCGGAUCAUUACGUGUUUACCUCGAAGAUUUUGAACAGCCAUUUCUGGAGCAGUCAAGAGAAUUUUACCGCACAGAAAGUGAAAAUUUUCUUUCUGAGAAUACUUCUGCUUCCUUGUAUAUUAAAAAAGUCGAACAAAGAAUCGAGGAGGAAGUUCGAAGAGCACAUCACCAUCUUGACCCAUCCACGGAACCCAAAAUCGUCGUCGUAUUAGAAGAAGAGCUUAUAAGUCGACACAUGGAAACUAUUGUCGGUAUGGAAGAUUCGGGAUUAACGUAUAUGUUAACUCAUGAUCACUUCAGUGAUAUCGCUGCUAUGUAUGGCGUUUUAAGUAGGGUUGAAGAAGGACCAAAAAUAAUGAGUAACUACAUUAGCCUGUACUUAAGAGAGCAAGGACGAAACACUGUACGUGAUACUGGGUCAUCAACACCCCAACAGCACAUACAAGAUUUGCUUCAAUUACGCGAUCGCGCUAAUGAAUUACUAACGAGAGCGCUUAAUAAUCAGACAAUAUUUCGUAAUCAAAUUAAUUCUGAUUUUGAGUACUUUGUCAAUUUAAAUCCCCGUUCUCCCGAAUUUCUGUCAUUAUUUAUCGAUGAGAAACUAAAGCGUGGCACCAAAGGUAUGGCAGACCAAGAUGUAGAUGCCAUUUUCGAUAAGUGUAUUGUAUUAUUCCGAUAUUUACAGGAAAAGGAUCUAUUUGAAGGUUAUUACAAGAAGCAUCUUGCAAAAAGGCUGUUAUUAAGUAAAAGUCAAUCAGAUGAUCAAGAAAAGAUUAUGAUAUCCAAGCUUAUGGCCGAAUGUGGUGCUGUAUACACAAGUAAACUAGAAGGAAUGUUUAAAGAUAUGGCAGUGUCUAAAACCCUCAUGGACGAAUUCAAUGUAGUACUAUCUAGUGGUAAUCGCAAUCUUAACCUAGAUCUGUACGUUCGUGUAUUAACUACUGGUCUCUGGCCAACUCAAGUAACUAAUUCAAAUGAAGCGUUACCAGAAGAAGCUGAUACAGCGUUUAAAGUUUACAAAAACUUCUAUUUAAGCAAGCAUAACGGUCGGAAAAUCAACCUGCAGACAAACAUGGGGUACGCAGAAUUGUCUGCUGUAUUUUAUGGUCGUCCUAAUGCAGAUAUCAAUACACCUCAGAUCUCUUCUGUUACUGAUUCUCAUACUCACAGUUUCCUUAUUCAUGGCUCCAGUUCUGCAUCUUCGAAUCAAAUGACAAGUCAAAGUGGUCAACAGGCGCCAAUCAGUGGAUUACCAGGAAGCCCAGGAGCUCCAAAGACACUUGAUCCUCCCAACUCAAUUAGUACUUCUAGUCGGUCGAAUGUACGGAAAUAUUUCUUACAGGUCUCCACAUAUCAAAUGAUUAUAUUAAUGAAAUUUAAUCGACGAAAUCGUUAUAGUUUUAUUGAAUUAGCCACUGAAACAAAUAUUCCUGAACGUGAAUUAAAACGUAGUCUUAUGGCUUUAGCAUUAGGUCGUUGUAGUCAACGGAUUUUAUGCAAAGAACCUAAAACACGUGAUAUAGAGUCAACUGAUAUAUUCUACGUCAAUGAUUCAUUUGUUUCGAAACAUAUUAAAGUUCGGGUUCAAAGUAUCACUGUUAAAGAAAGCGAACCAGAACGUCAGGAAACGCGGACAAAAGUAGAUGAAAAUCGACGUUAUGUGAUUGAGGCAACUAUUGUGAGGGUCAUGAAAGCUCGUAAAACUUUAAGUCAUGGACAACUUGUUGUUGAAGUUAUCGAACAAUUAAAAUCGCGCUUUGUACCUACCCCCCUGAUGAUUAAACAACGUAUUGAAUCACUUAUUGAACGAGAAUUUCUUGCUCGAUUAGAAGAUGAUCGUCGAGUUUAUAAGUACUUGGCCUAA